GUCAGCUCAUUAUUUUUUUAUGCCAGCUGAGUUGGGAACUGUUUGAAAGAGAGAGAGAGAGCGACACCAUGUCAGAGGUGUAGUGGCCUUAUAUGUGCGGACCUUACGGGGAUAUGUGUCUUCUCCUCGACCAUUAACCUGGCUAACAGGCUAACAGGAAGUGUUCGGAUACUAAAGCAAAAAAAAACUAAAAUCAUCCCACCGCAGCUACGACGGCGAAUCAACUCUCCGGUUCAACCGACUGACGGAUCGGCCCCAGCCGCCGCAGCUGACCUAAACUAGCCCUGAUCUGAAAGUCCAUCAUCGCCUCUACUGAUCCACUGACGCGUCAGCAUGGCUAACACAGACUGUGUCGGUGUGCGGGUCUUUUCUCUGAACUGCUGGGGGAUCCGCUAUCUAAGCAAACACUGUUCUCAGCGCUAUCAGAUGAUUGGCCAAAUGUUGUGCAAAGAACAGCAUGACAUUGUCUUACUGCAAGAGGUGUGGAGUGAGAAGGACUUUCUCUACUUGAAAACAAAGCUGGCCUCUACUCAUCCUCACUCUCAUUACUUCAAAAGCGGAGUCAUAGGAAGUGGCCUGGCCAUUUUUUCCAAACACCGAAUCCAUGACACGUUCCUUUAUCGCUACUCUUUGAACGGUUACCCUUACAUGGCUCACCACGGGGACUGGUUUGGAGGUAAAGCCGUUGGGAUGGCCGUUCUGAAUCUGGCGGGCCUGACUGCGAACGUCUAUGUCACACACCUGCAUGCAGAGUACAGCAGAGAGAAGGACUCCUACCUGUCCCACAGAGUGGUCCAGGCCUGGGAGCUGCAGCAGUUCAUCCGCCAUACGUCUACAGGAGCAGAUGUAGUCAUUGUGGGAGGUGACCUCAACAUGCAUCCACAGGACCUCGGCUGCAGACUACUGAUGUCCUACACUGGACUGAGGGACUGUUACGUAGAGACAGCUAAAUUUGAUGGGUGUGAGAAUGGUAUGACUUUAAUAGCAGACAACCCUUUCAUCAGUAAAAAUGAGCUCAUCCCCUUUGAGAAGGGCAUUCGGAUCGACUACAUCUUGUUCAAGGGUUCCUCCAAAGCGUCCGUUUAUUGUGAUUUCAUGUCCACCACCAAAGGCUCCGUUCCUGGCCAUGCUCUCCCAUAUUCUGAUCACGAGGCUCUCACUGCAGAGUUGCGGCUAGAAUCUCACAUUCCAGCUCAGACUGGAAGUGACAAGACUCAGGACACUCCCGCAGAGAAGCUAGCCGAGCUGGUUGACACUCUAACCGAGGCACGCACAGAAGUCAAGGUGGGCUUGCACUGCGCUGAGAGGAUGCGCUACACCGCCGCACGCACCGGAGUGAUGGGCUUGGCUCUGCUCUUCCUGGAGCUGGCCAUCGCAGCGGUUCCCUGCUUCGCCCUGGGAGCCGAGCAGCCUUUCCCUCGUAUAUCCUUCUACCUGCUGGCCGCCCUGUGCUUCGCCAUCCUGCUGACCACCUUUCUGCUCUACAUCUUUUAUACCAUGGAGCUGAAGUCUCUCCAGGGGGCAGAAGACCAGAUGAGGCUGGCUGUAGGUAGUCUGCAAGAAAAGCUCAGAGGUUUCCCUGUGGCUCAGCCUCACAAUGUUCCACUAAGGUCCCCAGAGGGCCAACAACCCAGUGCCUUGGAUCCAGAGGAAUAACUUUGAAGUAGAAGCUUAUAGCAAAUGGGCUUUGAAGUCAGCUUUAGUCUGCUCCUCUUAAAUAUGCUUUUGAGAUUAAGAAUAAGGCCUCAGAAUGAACUGUGAGUAGGAAACCUUUCUGAAAGUAGUGCAGGACACACGCUUUGACAUUUUUAUACUUUUAUAGAGUCAUCUGCAGGCUUUUAACACUCUUUAGUUUUCCCUCUAUGCAGCUACAGUAUACAGAUAUGCUUCCUAGUACAUUUACAUGUUGCCGUGGUGCUUCUAAGUCUUAAGUCCACAUUGUUUUGCGUUAUUAAGCGCCAGGUCCAAUGUGCAUUCCACCCCCAGCAGUAGUUUGACUGGGGCCAGUUGUUUUUUGGGUUGAAUUUCUCGUGUGGCAGUAUUGACUUCUGCAAAGCAUCACUCAGUGACUGUGGGGCCAGCUUCUGUUUCUGAUUGUUACAAUGAGCUUUUAAGCUAAGAGAAAGUUCUCCGGCCCAGAGGCCGCAGACGCUCAGAACAGUUUACAUUUCAGGUUUUCUUUCAACGGUUUUACUGUAAGGAUCAUCGUGAAACUGUUUAAAACAUUUCAGUUUUGUAUUCUAAGUGAAGGGAUAAAUUAUUGCCACGUCUUAUCUUUUUCUUGGUCACCAUUAUUAACUGUUAAUGUCCACGUUUUAGACAAUCUACACUCCUGUUUUAUAUAUUUUUAAGCUAUGAAAAUAGUUUGAAUAGACUGAAAAUGAUCUGAUUGUAGAUUUGAGCUUUUCGAUCAUCAGAGAUGAUUUUCUUCAGAGCUUUGAAUGACUAAAAAUGUUGAGAUAAAUAAUAUAUUAUUAGUGAUGUUGAUUCAGAUGAGACACUUGCUUACCACAUGACUGAAUGUUUGUGCUGCUGCAUGAUGGGAAGCACUUGGUAGUUCUUAAGUCCAACGUUUGUGUUGGUAAAACACUCAGUUGAUUCCUCUAAAACUGAUGAAAAUGAAUCAAAUCAUGAAAGCAAUAAUAAAGACCAUAUAAAUGCUU